UGAAAUUUGGACGUUUUUUAUUUAUAUAUCGGUGUUUGUUUUUUUAUGGAAUUGGAUUUUUUUCCGUCGUUUGGAAUUAUAUUUGGUGGUUUGUGAAGGAUGAAUUGUUUUUAUUACUAGUUCUAAUUUGGCUUAUAUGUUAUAUGAUGAUUUAUUUGUGCGUACAUUCAUGUGAUGGUUGGUGAGUAAUUUGGGGUUGAAUUGUAGUUUUUUUUUCACUUUUUUUGGGGUUUUAGGAAAGGAAUGGUGAUUUUUUUUUUAAUAGUUUGAAUUGGUUGUUUCUGUGUUUGGGGGAGCAUUUGGCAAACACAAGUUUGAUUUGGAUGAAAUUGAUUUUGUAAAAUUCAUUUGGUUAGAAAUUAUUUGAGUUUGAAAUUGAGAGUGUUUUUAGUCUUAAAUCAAGUUUGAUGUAAAAUUUUAGUGUACAUUUUCGACUCAAGGCAAGAUCGAAAUUUCUCACUUCUAGUUAAAGUUUUCAACUCACGUUUGAUAGUGUAGGCAGGAAGAAUUCAAGGUGAUGCUAGUAGUUGGAUAACAUUCAUCUUCUUCUAUAUUGUAUAUCAAGUUUUAACUAGGCUGCAGUUAUGACUGUGAGUACUACUCAGCAAGAGAAGUUUGUUAGGUUUCAGGAUUCUAAUUCAGAGAAGGUUUCUGAGAGAAUUCAUUCUGCAUUUGAGCGAACACAGCCGGGGAAAUUUAGAAGCACAUUAAGUUCAUUUUCUGAGAAGUUUCAAAGGGGAUUGGAAUCUGGUUCUGAAAGGAUGAUGAGGUUCAGAACAACAUUCGACUCUUUUCACCAUAACAGUGCUCUUUCUAGAAACUUUGGCUCUAAAAGGAAAAUACUUGAUCCACAAGGUUCAUUCCUUCAAAAGUGGAACAAGAUAUUUGUAUUGUUGUGUGUCAUUGCUGUAUCACUAGAUCCUUUGUUCUUUUAUGUUCCCGUGAUUGAUGGUGAGAAGAAAUGCCUUUCACUGGACAGAGGGAUGGAGAUUACAGCGACUUUUUUGAGAACUUUCUCUGAUGUAUUUUAUAUAAUCCACAUGAUUUUCCAGUUUCGUACUGGAUUUAUUGCUCCCUCUUCCCGAGUUUUUGGAAGAGGUGUUUUGGUAGAAGAUUCUUGGGCAAUUGCUAAGAGAUAUCUGUCAUCAUAUUUCUUAGUUGACAUUCUUGCAAUUCUUCCCCUCCCACAGGUGGUCAUUCUAGUUAUCAUCCCGAAGAUGAGUGGCUUUGAAUCACUCAAUACAAAGAACUUGCUGAAGUUUGUUGUUUUCUUCCAAUAUAUGCCUCGACUAUUACGAAUAAUUCCAUUAUAUAAAGAAAUUACAAGGACCUCUGGCAUUCUCACUGAAACAGCUUGGGCUGGAGCUGCAUUCAAUCUCUUUCUUUAUAUGCUUGCAAGUCAUGUCCUUGGUGCCUUUUGGUACUUGUUUUCCAUAGAACGAGAAACCACAUGCUGGCAAGAAGCCUGUCGAAGUAAUGUCAUGUGUAACAAGGCAGAUAUGUACUGUAAUGAUCAUGGGGGCGGGUUUAAGACAAUUUCAACAUAUUUGAAUACUUCUUGCCCAAUACUGGAGGAAGAUAAAAAGCAAUUUGAUUUUGGAAUUUUCCUUGAUGCCCUUCAAUCCGGUGUUGUGGAGUCGAGAGAUUUUACCCAAAAACUCUUCUACUGUUUUUGGUGGGGCCUAAAAAAUUUGAGUUCUCUUGGUCAGAACCUAGCAACAAGUACCGAUUUUUGGGAAAUCUGUUUCGCAGUUUUCAUUUCCAUAGCUGGUUUGGUUUUAUUUUCAUUCCUCAUUGGAAAUAUGCAGACAUAUUUGCAGUCAACAACAACCAGAUUGGAGGAGAUGAGAGUAAAAAGGAGGGAUGCAGAACAAUGGAUGUCUCAUCGAUUGCUUCCUGACAGCCUGAGAGAGCGAAUCAGGCGGUAUGAUCAAUACAAAUGGCAAGAGACCAGGGGUGUAGAUGAAGAUCGUUUAAUUCACGAUCUUCCCAAAGAUUUAAGAAGGGAUAUUAAGCGCCAUCUUUGCUUAGAUUUGCUGAUGAGGGUGCCAAUGUUUGAGAAAAUGGAUGGACAACUUUUGGACGCAAUGUGUGACCGUCUCAAACCAAUACUUUAUACAGAACAAAGCUACGUUGUUCGGGAAGGAGACCCCGUCGAUGAGAUGCUCUUCAUAAUGCGAGGCAAGCUGUUGACCAUAACAACUAACGGCGGUAGAACUGGCUUCUUCAACUCUGAGUUCUUAAAAGCUGGUGACUUCUGUGGAGAGGAGCUUCUCACAUGGGCCUUAGAUCCUCAUUCCUCAUCCAACCUUCCCAUUUCAACUAGGACGGUCCAAACCAUCUUAGAAGUCGAAGCCUUUGCCCUAAAAGCUGACGAUCUGAAGUUCGUGGCGUCUCAGUUCCGGCGUCUUCACAGCAAGAAGCUGCGCCACACUUUCAGAUUCUACUCGCAACAAUGGCGUACAUGGGCCGCAUGUUUUAUACAAGCUGCAUGGCGGCGCUACUGCAAGAAGAAGCUUGAAGAGUCUCUCAUUGAAGAGGAGAACAGGCUGCAAGACGCGUUGGCAAAGGCUGGUGGUACCUCAACAAGUCUAGGUGCCACCAUAUAUGCUUCUAGGUUUGCUGCCAAUGCACUCAGAUUAUUGCGACGAAAUCGCACUGCAAGGAAGAUUAGGGUGCCAGAGAGAAUACCUGCUUUGUUGCUUCAGAAACCUGAAGAACCUGACUUUACUGAGGAAGAACAAUAGCAUGUAAUUGGAUAUUGGUUUUACUCAUUAGGAAAGGUGGAACAUAGUUAUAAUGUAGUUGGAUAUGUCUGGUUUAUUAAUCAGGAAAGGUAAACAUGCAACAAAACUUCGGUAGAAAAUGUUCAUAUGAAAUUUGAGUGAAGUUGUUGUAUAUGUAAAUAUGUUAGUCAUUAAAUGAUUUUCAGGGUAAAUUUUGCUUUC